AUCGCCUUUAAUAGUUUGAAUAUGAUCAAAAAAAAAGAGGAAAAUUUUUGGAUUUGCAGCUCCCAAUAAAACAUUUUGGAAUUUUAGAGUAUUCCUUUAAAAAAGCUGAGCCCAAUAUAAAAGUUUUGUGUUUUAUGUUACUACAGAAAAAUGCUGUCGUGUAUCAAAACAAAAUACGUGGUGUCCUCAAAGCAGAAAUCUUUCGAAAAUUUUCCACAAAAAUAUCACCAAAUAGGUAUCAUGCUUUGAAAAUCAGGUUAUUGGAAUUUUUCCUCUGUUUGAUAAUCACAUCCCGGAAAAUGAUAGGUACAUCCUAUUUCACUCUCGAUUUUAUAUCUUAUCGCACAAAGGCAUUUCCUACAGGACGAGCUGUUUUUCAGGAAACGCUUAUGACAAAGAUAAGGUUGAAGAUAAAAAAACGUACAUAAAUAUGGUAUGCGAAAAUUAAAUGAAAGAUUAUAAUAAUUUUUCAGGAAGUGAUUAUCAACAAAUAUCAAGAUAAUCCCUCGAUAGAAUCUCAACAAAGGAUUUUGAUGGCAGUUUUAAAUCAACUAAUCGUCAUUUUGGAAAUAAUCGCAAGCUUCGACAUCCGCUUUGAAUGAAAUAUAAUCCGAUGAAUUUGUCGAUAAACGUUCAAAUUUUCAUCUCGAGUUCACAGAAACAGGCGUGGAUUUCAUUUUUCAUGCUGAAGAACUUCAAAAUUGUUCUUUAUUUGAAAUUUUCAACGGGUGUGUUUUCAUUUUCAAAAAAAAUGAAGGUAUCGUGUUUUUUAUUCUUAUUUUUCAUAUACGCGUACCAUGCUAAAUGUGCUUCCAUCACUCAAAGUGGUAUAAGGAUACCCUUGACAAGAAAUCCAUUGACCGUGGAUCGACUAAAAUCAGCCAAGGCGAAAUCAAGAUCUUUUUACACUCAACAAUUGAACCAAGAUGUAGAGAUCCCUCUUCGAGACAACAAACUUUUAUCUUAUUAUGGACCUAUUUCAAUUGGAACUCCACCACAGAACUUCAACGUUGUUUUUGACACAGGAUCGUAUGAUCUAUGGGUACCUUCAACUCUUUGUAAAAGCCAAGCUUGCCUAGAUCCGGGUCGUCGUCUUUAUAAUCGUACCACCUCAAAAACACGUCAAUGCAAAGAAUGCAAAUCUGAGGAAAAAAUCAAAUAUGGAACUGGUUGGAUGAGUGGGGUUCGGUCAACCGAUACACUUACAAUAGAUAACGUCCAGAUCAAAAAUCGACAAUUUUUGGAAGCUAUGCAAGAAGCAGAUGGAUUCGUAGGUGAACCAUACGACGGUAUCAUGGGAUUACGUUACAAAAACACAGUAUCAAACCACAUUGUAACGCAAAUCUGCAAACAACUUAAUUACGUAGUCAGUAAAUUUUCAGUCUACUUGACCAACGAUCCGAAGAACACCAACGGUGGUGAAUUAAUGUUAUGUGACGAAGACAAGACCAAGUAUCGGGGUGAAUUGAAUUACGCUAGCGAAUAUCUUUCAGGAAGUUGGGCAGUUGUAAUGAAAAAAAUUUCCUUACGGUAUGGAAACGAACGUGUUCAGGAAUUAGCAACCGACGGUUCGGGAUUCUUCGAUACAGGCUCGUCAUUCGUUAUAGGACCAGGAAAAUACGUCAAAGCUAUCUAUAAAGCGUUAAACAGCACCGCACUUGAAGGAGACAUGGAGGUCAACUGUGAAACCAUUCAUAAAUUACCAAACAUCACAUUCAGGAUUCAAGCACAAGAUUACACACUCGCGGGAAGGGAUUAUAUCCUUAAAAUAACUGCAAAUGAUGGAAAACUGCACUGCAUAGUUGGAUUUGCAUCCAAUGUUGCAUCACAGAAACAAUGGAUUUUAGGAGACGUUUUCCUCAGGAAGUACUACACCGUGUACGAUUUGAAUAAACGCAGAAUAGGAUUAGCCGAAAGUAUACAUAAUUAGAACGAACUAGAAUUUAGACAUACACUUCUUUGCUUGCCAUUAUCAAGAAAAUAAACUCGAUCAACGCUUCGCGAUUUUUGUUCUUUUUUGUGCCAUUUCUUCUUUGGAUUCAAAUUGACCAAGGUAUACCCCCCUCCAUUAUUUUGAAAAUUCGUAAUUUCCUCAAAAUGUUCAUUUUUUUUCAAGAGCUUUUGCCCUCGUUUAGCUUGGUUUGAGUUGUUGUUACUUGUUAUUCAUAAUUUUGUUACGUAGGUAUAAAUUGAAAUAUAAAAUACUUUCGUUCAAUA